UUAAAUCAAUCAUAUAAUACAGUUCGUAUUAUGAUCCAUCAUCUUUUGAAAAUGAAGUAUGCGGAUGUCAGCGCGUGAUUGCGAAAUGACUUGAAUUUGCAUAAAAGAAGCGAGAGGAGUUUGUCUUCAAAAUAAAAGUAUUACGUCCAAGUUCAGUCAGAAUGCUAUUGUAUUAAACCAUGGCAUAUUUUAUUUUGAAAUGUAAAGGAAAUGACGCAUUCCGAGAGAGCGAAAGCGCAUCUACCAGUCCGUGGCAUCCCCUAGCAGUUUCUGGUUGAUGCUUUAUGUAGGUCAGAUUUAGGAAUUUCCCAAUUGCAACCAUUAAACAAGAUGCAAUCUGAAACUUUGCUACACUUGGUCAAUUUUUCUAUAUUAUUGGUGUGCAUGGUGCUGAAGUUCCCCCAGAUCUUCGUACUGUUGCGAGCCAAAUCCACAACUGGAAUCAGCCUCAAAAGUCUUGUGCUCGAACUUAUCGGCUACAUUGUAUUUAUUACAUACGCCAUGUAUUAUGACUACCCAUCUCCAACAUACCUGGAAUACCCUAUUCUCAUUGCGCAAGAUGCCGUUCUUCUGCUCCUGAUUUUAUUCUACAGUGGCCGGCUGCAGGACAGCCUGGUGUACGGCGUUAUCUUUGUCGUGGGUUGGCGGCUCCUCACCGUGCAAAAAUGGAUCAUCGAUUUUGCAAUGAGCCUGUGCACGCUCAUUAGCGCAGCCAGUAAGUUUGCCCAACUGCAGUGUCUGUGGAGGUCAAAGGACUCUGGACAGGUGAGCGCCCUCACCUGGGCGCUAGCCACCUACACAUGCGCAACUCGGAUUUACACCACCAUAGCGACAACUGGAGACAUGCAGGUUCUGGUUCGUUUCAUGGUCAUGACCUUGCUGAACCUGUGGGUGCUUCUCAGCGUGCUCCAUUACCGAAGAACCAGCCCUAGCCGCAGCUCCAUCAAAGCAGACUAAGCACUUUGGAGAGCAAUGUUACAGUGCAAGAUCAAGUCUGGCAACGGGUUACAACUGUUAAUAGCUUUUCUACCUGUACAAUGUGCUUUUAACUCCCUUUGUUAUUAUUUUUCAAGAACAUUCCAAUGGGCAGAAAAAAGAAAAGGUGUUUUAUUACGCUGUAAAUAGUUUUGUAGUGGGAAAGGACAAACAUGACUUUCCAGCUCAGGAUAAAUGACCGUUUUUAAUGUGCGUUAAGUUCUUUUCCAAACUCUAUUUAAAUAAACCUGAACUUUUACUGCCCUGCCUUGCCUCGCAAAGCUUCUUGUUCACCGCCACAUUAGGAAAUUCAACAUUUACGAAGAUGACAUCGCUUUUUUUUUACUGCCAGAGGGAAUUUUCUUCAAUGUUGAUUUAUUCUAUUUUUUGGAGUGUUCUUGUUCAAAUACGUCCUUUGUUCGAUGCAGUGCAGUUUAGCAUCGGCGUAAUGCAUGUAGUAUAUAAUCACAUGAAUAAGUCAGGGUAGUCUUGUCUUUCCGGUGUACCUAAUGUGGCUGGUGGGUGUAAUACUAAUAUCACAAUGUUUUGUACAGUCAGCAUCAAAAUGAUCAAAUAUCAGUAUUGGACCUACUACCUUGGUACUUUAGCAGCCAAUAAGAUGUGAAUCGGUCAUCUCCUAACCUGGGAUCCUGCAACCAAUGAAAACAUUCCAUACGUUAGUCUUUUGCCAGUUUGAUAUCAGACUUGAGUUAUUGUGUUAGAUGUACCAGAUGAGCUUUUUUUUCUAUUUUCCUUGCAAAAGAGCAACUAUUGCACAUUUAAAAGAUCAUGAAUUUCAUUAGUAUCUUUGGUGAAGUUUAUACAAUUAUAGUUAUUUCUAUUAUAUCUACAUAUUUGUUUUCUGUACGAUCUUAGGGAAAUGUUAGGUAAGACUAGAGAAGUCUACAUUUUGUUUUCAACCAUGUGAAAGUGGCUGUUUGCCUGUAUAUUGUUUUUUGUUUGGUUCUUUACAAAUAUUUUUUUUUUUUUCCAUUUUCAAAAUAAAGACAACCAAUCAGCAGCAA